AUGUUAGAGGAAGGUAGCAGAGAUUUGGGCAAGCGAGCGUACUGCAAGAACGACAUAACAUUCGCAGAGGAAACAAAAUGCUGCUUCACCAUAAGGAGGGGUACAGAUGACUCAAAGUUCUUCUGCUGUCGAUGCGCACACAAAAGAAGGGCAUCACCGUUGACAUGCCUCGCGAUAUGUUUCCUGGUCCUCACGUACAACCUUCUGGGGGGUUUCCUCUUUCUGGCUUUAGAAGGCAAUUCCGCAGCGGAAGAAACAGCAGUGGCUGCAUCGAAACCGAAUCUCAGUCAAUCACAAAGCAGCAGUAGUGAUCUACGAUCGAAGACCGUGGAAAGACUAUGGUCUAUAACGGAGGACCUAAAUAUUCUUUACAAGGAGAACUGGACGAAACUGGCGGCGAAGGAGUUGAUGGACUUCCAGAAGGUGUUGAUGAAGACGAUCAGAGGUGGGGCGUCGUUGGAGAGUCGGGUCUCGUACGACCACGAUGGGGACUACAGAUGGACAUUUACUAACAGCUUUCUCUACGCGCUUACUCUCAUCACAACAAUAGGUCAUGGGAACGUGACGCCGCAGUCGCCGGCUGGCAAGCUGGUGGCCAUCACCUAUGCCUGCGUCGGCAUCCCCAUCAUCAUGAUCUACCUCUCCACCAUCGGCGAGGCCCUGGCGAGGAACUUUCGCGUCCUCUACUCCAAGAUCUGCCCUUCCACCCUCAACACCGGCAACUUCCACACCAAGGCUGACUGUCUCACGCGCCUCACGACCCCCGCCGAGUGCAAGCCGUACAGUGACUGUGAUAAAAACAAGUUCAGUGAAAGACCCAAAAGAACUCCUUUCCAAGCCGCUCUCAACUUGGACAGCUUCAGUGGCGGCUAUCAUUGGACGUGCCGGGAUCACACGCGAGUGCCGAUCAUCCUUAGCCUAUUCCUCAUCGUACUGUAUAUAGGAUUAGGAACUUUCGUGUUUCGCGUUACAGAAAAGUGGAACUUUAUCGAAGGUUGUUACUUCUCCUUCUCGAGCCUCGCUACUAUAGGAUUUGGCGAUCUCAAACCUGGCCUAUAUGCCAGCAGGGUUUCUGCUAAAGCCGAGGACAUAGCAAUAGGCGUGUGCUGCAUCUACAUUCUAGUGGGCAUUGUCGUCAUCGCCAUGUGUUUCAAUCUCAUACAAGAGGACAUGAGCACGGCGCUGAGAAGUUUCAUGGCUCUCUGUGCCGGCGGAUCGAAAUCUAGAGCGGUGCACAGCGUCGAGAAAAUUUGCGAUGACAAGAUACCCAUGGAGGCGGCCGAAUCUGGGCCGUCGGCGACUUUCGCAAACUGUCAGGAUAAACGACAGCAGGUGACUUUUAAGAUCGACAGCUUGAACCCGACCAAGUUCAACAGCCUGCCGCGGCGCAAGUCCUCCAACUGUGACGAGGGUUUUCAAAGAAACACCCCUAUCAGGAGGUCGGCGGGUCACGCGGAGAAAUGCGUCGAAUACUUUGUACCGAGAAGUUUGAGCGAGUUUAAUCUCAGCGGAGUCGGUGAGUUGUACGAGUUGUCACCUUUGGAAAAGAAGGGGGGUGCUAUUACCGGGAAGGGGAGGGACAAAAUGGUGACGUUUGAGGAUGACCGGCCUCAGGGCAAGCCGCUGGCCGACGACGUUUUCAUGUGA